UGAAGACUUGAGGACACUUGUGAAUUAAAAGGAAUAUGACUAUAAAGGAUAAUUUCUCCAGCAUUAGCCCCCGGAUCACAGGAUUAGAACAAAGAUGGACAGAUAGAGAAGUUUUGAACAUCUCCAAGGAAACAAAAAGCAGUAUGUCAGAAAAUACGAGCUCUCUUAGAAACUUUUUUGUUUACAAGUGUCUGUUUGCAUUAACUUUUUGGAACCAUGUCAGCCUGUCUGUGGAAAAUGAACUCCUUACACCUGUUUCUAACAGUUUUCCAGAAGAUAGUUCUGACCAAAAAAUCAAUAGCCUGCCACUCCUAUAUACAAAUAGACAUCAGUCCAAAUCUAGUUUUGACUGGGUUGUGAUACAAAAUACUACAGAAAGCCUGUCAUUGUCAGAAAUCACAAAUGACAAUGUAAAAAAAUUGGUAGUUUUAUUAUCUAAUUUCACACAAGGCUCCGAGUUACAAAAUCUGACACUGACAAAUGUGUCGGUGGACUGGAGUGCUCUCAUGGAUAUUUUUCAGACUGUAUGGCAUUCAUCCAUUGAAUACUUCAACAUUAACAGGGUCACUCAACUGUCGGAUGUCACAAGCUAUGCCUUUGACUAUUCAGGUACCUCUAUGAAGGCACUGACAGUGAAGAAAAUUAAAAUCACAGAUAUGUACUUCGAUCAGGAUGACAUAUACAGAAUAUUUGCAGACAUGAAUAUUGCAGACAUGACGAUAGCUGAAUCAGAGAUGAUUCAUAUGAUUUGUCCUUCAUCUGUUAGUCCCUUUAGACACUUAAAUUUUUUAAAGAAUGAAUUAACAGACAUCCUUUUUCAAAAAUGUGACAACCUAAUUCAACUGGAGACAUUAAUCUUGCAACGGAAUAAAUUUGAGAGCCUUCUCAAGGUAAGCUUCAUGACCAGCCGUAUGAAAUCACUGAAAUAUCUGGACAUGAGCAACAACUUGCUGCACCACGAUGGAGCUGAUGUACAAUGCCAGUGGGCUGCGUCUCUGACAGAGUUGGACCUGUCCUCCAAUCAGUUGGCAGAUGCCGUCUUUGAAUGCUUGCCAGUCAACAUCAAAAAACUCGACCUACAAAACAAUCAGAUCAGCAGUGUCCCAAAGGGGCUGGCUGAUCUAAAAUCCUUGGAAGAGCUGAACCUGGCAUCGAACAGGCUGGCUGACCUGCCGGGGUGCAGUGGCUUCACAUCCCUGCAGUUCCUGAACAUAGAGAUGAACUCGAUCCUCACCCCAUCUACUGACUUCUUCCAGAGCUGCCCGAGGGUCAAGGAGCUACAAGCUGGGCACAACCCAUUCAAGUGUUCCUGUGAACUACAAGACUUUAUCCGUGUGGAGAGGCAGUCAGGGGGGAAGCUGUUUGGCUGGCCAUCAGCGUACGUGUGCGAGUACCCGGAAGGCUUGCGAGGCACGGAGCUGAAGGACUUCCACCUGAGUGAACUGGCCUGCAAUACAACGCUGCUGCUGGUGACAGCCCUGCUGCUGACGCUGGUGCUGGUGGCUGUGGUGUCCUUCCUGUGCAUCUACCUGGAUGUGCCCUGGUACGUGCGGAUGACGUGGCGGUGGACGCAGACGAAGCGGAGAGCUUGGCACAACCACCCCAAAGAGCAGGAGACGGUUCUGCAGUUCCACGCGUUCAUUUCCUACAGCGAGCACGAUGCGUUGUGGGUGAAGAACGAGCUGAUCCCAAACCUGGAGAAGGGGGAGGGCUGCAUACAACUGUGCCAGCACGAGAGAAACUUUGUCCCCGGCAAGAGCAUUGUGGAGAACAUCAUUAACUGCAUUGAGAAGAGCUACAAGUCGAUCUUUGUGUUGUCUCCCAACUUUGUGCAGAGCGAGUGGUGUCACUAUGAGCUGUACUUUGCCCAUCACAAGUUAUUCAGUGAGAAUUCCAACAGCUUAAUCCUGAUUUUACUGGAGCCGAUCCCUCCAUACGUUAUCCCUGCCAGGUAUCACAAGCUGAAGGCUCUCAUGGCAAAACGCACCUACCUGGAGUGGCCGAAGGAGAGGAGCAAGCAUGCCCUUUUCUGGGCUAACCUGAGGGCAGCUAUUAACAUUAACCUGCCAUCCAGUGAUGAAAACAGGUGUGGGGAAACAGUUUAAGAAUC